AUGAAUGCUAAGAAAAAACUUAACGAAGCUAAAGCCAAAAAAUCCAACGAAGAUUCCCAGUUAAAUCAACUUCAAUCAUCGAUAGACACAUUAGAAAAAACAUAUACAUCCAUAUCGAACCAAAAUGAGCAGCUUUCCGCUCAAGAAAAAGAACUUCAAUCAGCUCAACGCCAAAUCAACUCGGAAUUACAAGGUAUCGAAUCAAAGAAUGCAAGCUGUGAGAGAGAAGAAGCAACUUUAGAUGCUCUCGAUAAAGCAACAGCCGAAAAAAUGUCAAAAAUCCGACAAUUACAAAAAGAUUUAGCAUCAAAGCAGGCCAUUAUCUCUCAGCUACAAUCAGAAAUCAAAAAAUUAUCCGAAACAGCUGAAAGAGUGGAGAUUCAUUACGAAGAUGUUCUUUCUAAAGCUUCUACAGUUGAUUCUUACUAUUCACCUCAAAAAUCAUCAUUAAAAUCAGAUAAUUUCGAUCAGAACAGUGAUUCCUUCACUUCUCCUUACAAAAUGACCACGAAAUCCCCAAUUAAAUCCAAUAUAUCUAUUUCACUUGCAAAAGAUGAAGAGGAAGAAGAGAAUUACGAAGCUCUUCUUAGUGACCAUACCAAAGAUAGUCAAAUUAACAACAAUGAAGAAGAUGCGCUUUAUUCAGAAAUUUCUGACGACGAAAGCAUUGAAAACCUGAAAGAUAAAAUCAAAUCCUUCAGCCAGAACCAGUUUGUGGACCAACCAUCGUUCGAGGAAGACGAAGAAGAAGAUUUUAUUAGAGAUAUCUACAAAUCUCCAAUUAAAUCUGUUUCCCAGCAAUACAGUUCCAUUCUUAACUCCGCACUAGAUGAAGAGGAAGAGUUAAAUGACGAUGCAGAAGGAGAAGAACUCGAAAAAAGAUAUAAAUCAGCUUUAAACGAUGAUUUUGAUGAUGAAGAGGAAGAUUCCGAAAAUUCUAUCAUUAGAGAAGCACUGAGAGUUGUUAAUUCGAGUAUACAAGAUCCAAACAGUAUUAUUGGUAAAUAUUAA